AUUUAUUACAAAGUAGCUACAGUUUGAAUCACGUGUAAAGGCAAGUUUGUGUCGCUUGGUGACUAUUUUAUUAAAUAAUUUACUUUAAAUAAAAAUGCCGCCGUAUAAAAGGAAUAAACCCCCGAAAAUUCCUGAACCAUCUCAAGAGUCCAGCAGAAACUCUGCGGAAGAUAAAGUGGUAUCUGGCCAGUUAGAGAAAAAGAUAAAAAAACAAAAACGAGCUAGUAAACCGAUUAAGAAUCGUGGAGUUGUAUUUAUUAAGCAUUUACCACAUGGCUUUUUCGAAGAACAAAUGAGACAUUACUUUUCACAAUUUGGCGAUGUUACCCGUUUACGACUGGUGCGCUCGAAACGAACCGGCGGGAGUAAGGGUUAUGCUUUCGUUGAAUUUAGACAUCCCGAAGUAGCUCAAGUGGCUGCAGAAACUAUGAAUAAUUAUUUGAUGUUCCAGAAGGUGCUUAAGGCCGCCUACAUACCUCCUGAUGAGCAGAAAUACAAUUAUUUCAGGAGCACAGUACGUCAAGUUAAAACUAAGUCUGGCAAAAUGAAAUGGGUUUCUAGUACAACCGCAUCUAUACAACGUAAAACGCAACAGUAUAACGACUGGUCACAGAAAAACCUUGAAAAACGGACGGCCAAGCAAAUUCAGAAACUUAAAAGUUUGAAUAAAAAAUUCUCUCAUUUGGGCAUUGACUUCUCACAGAUUGCUAUUCCUCCUAAUGAAGCAAAGGAAGAUGUUGAAAAUGGUAAUGAGAUCGAAGAAGAUAAUAAUAAAUCUGAAGAGAAGAAAUCUCUUAAAAGAAAAGUUCCAAAGGCGUCCGUUAGCUCGUCUGAGGACCAAAAGAAAAAGAAGUUGAAAUCUAAAAAAGAUAUAAAUUUGGAAGAUUUACUUGCGAAGGAUUCGUCUUCAGAAUCCUUCGCUGCAUCUGCUGCCGAUUUAGAGCAAUUGGAAAGAGACUGCAGUGAAGACAACGAAAGCGUCAAGUCCUUGGAUGGGGAUCAUGACUCCACAAAAUCUACGAAUGAAGAGAGCGCAGAUAGUAACAACGAGAAUAACGACGAAGAAUUGGAGAAAGUGAAGCCGAAGGUUAAACUUAAUUUUGGUAAAUCACUGAAGGCUACGAAUAUCGAACGUUUCGAUCAAGUGCUUAAACGUAAACCUCAUACAGGUGGUAUAAAAAAAAAUGGAAAGAAACCUAAAAAAGCAACGCUUGCAAUAGCGGACAAAAAUUCACAGCAAAAGAUCGAUGCUAUUAAAAAACUCGCUAAACCUUUAUCACAAAUUAAAACCAAAAACGUAAAAAACAACCGCAAACAGUUGAAAGUUAUCAAAUAAUAUGCAGUUUAUAUGGUUACCUUUGUUUUCCUAUUUUUAUAAGUUUAUUAUACCUAUUUAGUG